GCCAUCACCAUGACACCAUCCGCCCAGCAUCCAACGGUAGUCAUCGGCGCCGCGUCUCCGGAAUCUUCUCUCGCCUUCUUCCUUUCUUGUCCCCCCACCCCACGAGUUACAAGCUCCCCUUCCUCUCCAGCGCGCUGAGCAACGCAAGUAAGAUGGCCGGCAAGCGCCGCCAUCCUGCCAUCGGGAUCGAUCUGGGCACGACCUACUCCUGCAUUGGGGUGUGGCAGAACGACCGCGUGGAGAUCAUCGCCAACGACCAAGGCAACCGAACCACCCCAUCCUACGUCGCCUUCACCGGCUCCAGGCGCCUCAUCGGGGAUGCUGCCAAGAACCAGGCCGAAAUGAACCCCAGCAACACAAUCUUCGAUUCCAAGCGGCUCAUUGGUAGAAGAUUUAGCGAUGCUUCUGUACAGAGUGACAUUAAGCACUGGCCCUUCAAGGUCAUUUCUGGACCUGAUGACAAGCCUCUGAUUGUUGUUCAGUACAGGGGUGUGGAGCAUCAGUUUGCAGCUGAAGAGAUCUCCUCGAUGGUUCUCGUCAAGAUGCGGGAGACUGCUGAAGCCUAUCUUGGCACCACCAUCAGGGAUGCCGUUGUCACUGUUCCUGCCUGCUCCACGGACUUGCAGAGGCAGGCCACCUGGAAUGCCGGAGUGCUUGCUAGUCUCAAUGUUAUGCGCAUCAUCCCUGAGCCCACUGCUGCUGCUUUGGCUUAUGGUCUUGACAGGAAGUCUGCUCAGGUUCAGGGUUUAUACAAUGUUCUCGUGUUUGACCUUGGAGGUGGUACCUUUGAUGUCUCUGUUCUCGACAAAGUGGAGGGUGUCUUUGAGGUCUUAGCCACAGCUGGUGCCGCUCACCUUGGAGGUGAGGACUUCGACAACCGGAUGGUGAACCACUUUGUUCAGGAAUUCAAGAGAAAGACGAAGGAGGACAUCAGUGGCAACCCCAGGGCUCUCAGGAGACUAAGGACGGCCUGCGAGAGGGCGAAGAGGACCCUCUCCUCCACUUUAGAGGCCACCAUUGAGAUUGACUGUUUGUACGAGGACAUCAACUUCUACUCAACCAUCACUCGCGCCAGGUUUGAGGAGCUCAACAUGGAUCUCUUCAGGAAGUGCAUUGACAUUGUGGAGGACUGCCUCAGCGAUGCUAAAAUGGACGUGGGCUCGGUUCAUGAUGUUGUCCUUGUUGGUGGCUCCUCUAGAAUUCCAAAGGUCCAGCAGUUUCUCCAAGAGCUCUUCAACGGGAAGAAGCUUUUCAAGAGCAUCAACCCUGACGAGGCUGUUGCUUACGGAGCUACUAUCCAGGCUGCAAUCAUGAGUGGAGAGGAUGAGAUACAGGACUACCUCAUGAACGAUGCUACGCCUCUUUCUCUUGGGUUGGCCACGGAUGGGGGUGUGAUGACCGUGCUGAUUCCGAAGAACGCAACCAUCCCCACAAGGAAGGAGGUGGUCUUGUCAACUGACUCCGACAACCAGCCUUGUAUCCGUAUCCAGGUGUACGAAGGUGAGGGGGCCAUGGCUCGCGACAACAACCUGUUGGGUGAGUUUGAGUUCUCCAUUCCUCCAGCCCCCAAGGGUGUUCCACAGAUCACUAUUACAUUUCAUAUCGAUGCCGACUGCAUCCUCGAUGUCGCAGCUGAGGACAAAACUACCGGCGAGAAGAUGAGGAAAACCAUCACCAAGAGGUUCCGUUUAAAGCAUUAAAUUAUUUAUUAUUUAUCACCAUAUGUAAUUAAAAAGAGAUGAACUCUAGAAAUUCUGACAGAAAUUAGAAACAUAGCAAUUUUCUAAUUUUAGUUUCAUAGACAUUAAUGAUCAACGCCAAUAAUAUCCAAUGGGUGGAGUCUUUUGGGUGCUA